AUGGCGUCGAAGGAGCCUACCGACUGGCCCAGUUUAGCCACAUCUACGAGUAAAUCUGAACACCCUCAACAACUCGCUCUGGACCUCCAACUCAACACAAAUGCGAUACCUAGGCACCUGGAUACAAGCAAGGGCUCUCGGGUGCUUAAGCCAGCCAUCGAUCAUGUCAAGAACCUGCCCAUCUCGGGCCCUCACCUGCCCUUCGCCGCCACCAUGAGCUCCUCCGCCCUCUUCCCCGAUUUUGAUAUCGGGAGUGUCAGAGGCUUGUGUACAUCAUAUAUCACCUUCCCACCUAUGCUCAUUGAGAUGGAACUCGAGGCUUACAAUUCUGUCAAGGCAGAGGGUCAAAGGGUCGGCUAA